UAAUAUAUGUGUUUUUAGAUUAAACUAAUUUAAAAAGAAAUUAACUUUUUUCUUUCUAAUGUCGCUAAGAGUUAAAAUGGUUGAACUUAUGUUAUUCUAAUUGCAUGUUCUAGUUUCAAAAAAUGAGAGCUAUUCCAACUUGGGUUGAUAAAGUUCAUGAUAAAGAUGAAACACCUGUUAGUUUACAUGACUUAGCUUUUAGUCCUGAUGGAUCUCAAUUAAUUGCAGCAGCAGGAAAUAAAGUUUUGGUGUAUGAUGCAUCUGAUGGUUCCCUCAUACGACCUUGUAAUGGUCACAAAGAGACUGUUUAUUGUGUAGCUUAUGCUAAAAGUGGUAAGCAUUUUGCUUCAGGUGGAGCAGAUAAAACAGUAAUCAUAUGGACAAACAAGUUAGAAGGAAUUCUUAAAUAUACUCACAAUAGUGUGAUUCAAGCUUUGCAGUAUAAUCCAAUCACGCAUCAGCUUGCAAGUUGCUCCAUGGAUGAUUUUGGAUUAUGGUCUACGGAGCAAAAAUCAGUGCAGAAAUACAAGUUACCCUGCAGGUCUUUAUGUUGCAGUUGGACAAAUGAUGGACAAUAUCUGGCAAUUGGUCUUACAAAUGGCUUUGUUACUAUUUGGAAUAAGUCUGGCGAAGAGAAAGUAAGAAUCGAGCGACCUGGAGGUUUUCCAAUCUGGACUUUGUCUUGGAAUCCUUCAAAAGAUGAGUCUGAUAUACUUGCAGUGGGGGAUUGGGGACAAAGGUUAUCAUUCUAUCAGUUAAGUGGAAAACAGAUUGGAAAAGAUUACUCUCUUGGAUUUGAUCCAUGCUGUCUUAGUUAUUUUCCUAAAGGGGAAUUUCUUAUUGUUUCUGGUUCAGAUAAAAAAUGUUAUCUUUAUACAAAAGAAGGAACAAGAUUAGCAAUUAUUGGAGAACAUGAAGGUUGGGUUUGGUCAUGUAAAAUAGGACCAGAAGGAAACUAUGUGGCAUGUGGAAGUGAGGAUGGAACCGUAGCAUAUUAUCAAUUGAUUUUUAGCACAGUACAUGGUUUAUAUAAAGACAGAUAUGCUUAUAGAGAUAAUAUGACAGAUGUCAUUGUGCACCAUUUGACCACAGAACAAAAAGUUCGAAUUAAAUGUAGGGAACUUGUGAAGAAAAUUGCGAUUUACAAACAUAGACUAGCAGUACAGAUGCCUGAAAAGAUUGUUAUUUAUGAAAUCUAUUCAAAUGACAGUGCAGAUAUGACUUACAAAGUCAAGGAUCGUAUUAAUCAAAAGGUUGAAUGUAAUUUGUUGGUUGUAACUGGAAAUAACUUAAUACUUUGCCAGGAAAGACGUUUGCAAUGUUUAUCAUUUGAUGGUAUCAAAGAAAGGGAAUGGCAAGUGGAUUCAGUUAUCCGAUAUAUCAAAAUAGCUGGAGGCGUUUCUGGUCAUGAAGGUUUAUUGGUUGGUCUUAAAAAUGGGCAGAUUCUGAAGAUUUUUGUAGACAAUCAAUUUCCAAUUCCACUUAUAAAACAACAGACUGGUGUGAGGUGUUUAGAUAUAUCUUGCAGUCAUAAAAAGCUGGCUGUCGUUGAUGACAACAAUACCAUUUUAGUGUAUCAAAUAGAUACAAAAGAACUUUUAUUUCAGGAGGCAAAUGGAAACAGUGUAGCAUGGAACACUCAUAAUGAUGAUAUGCUAUGCUUUUCUGGUGGUGGGAUGUUAAAUAUUAAAGCUGGCAACUUUCCUCUUCAUCAGCAAAAAGUUCCGGGUUUUGUUGUUGGAUUUUGUGGAUCACGUAUUUAUUGUCUCCAUGUAUAUACUAUGACAUCAAUUGAAGUUCCACAGUCAACACCGAUGUAUCAGUUUUUGGAGAAGAAAUUGUUUUUAGAUGCAUACAAAAUAGCUUGCUUGGGUGUAACAGAUGGAGACUGGAGAACAUUAGCAAUGAGUGCUCUUGAAAGCUUAGAAUUGGAAGUAGCCAAAUUGUCAUUCAUUCGAAUACGAGAUAUGAAGUUCCUUGAGCUCAUAAAUACUAUUGAGGCUAGGAAGAAGAGAGGCGAAAAUGACAAUAACACGUUCCUUGGAGAUAUCUAUGCAUAUCAGGGCAAAUUCCAAGAAGCUGCAAAGCUAUAUAAGCGUGCUGGUAAGGAAGAAAAGGCACUUGAGAUGUUUUCAGAUCUUCGCCAGUUUGAGCAAGCCAAAGAAUUUCUUGGUAGCAGUGAUCAAAAUAAUUUUAAGCAGUUAAUUAAAAAACAAGCUGAAUGGUGUCGAACAACCAAUGAUCCAAAAGCUGCAGCGGAUAUGUUCAUUGCAGCUGGAGAGUUCAUGAAAGCUAUUGAUAUUCUUGGUGAAAAUGGUUGGUUUGAAAAACUAUUGGAACUUGCAAGAAACUUAAAUAAGGCCGAUGUGGAACCACUUACAGCAUGUGCUCAACACUUAGCAAAUAUGAAAAAGUACAACUAUGCAGCAGAAGUUUAUUUAAAAAUGGGCGACAAGAAAAAACUUGUGCAGCUCUAUGUUCAGUCACAUCAAUGGGAUGAGGUUUUUCAUCUUGUUGAGAAACAUGUUGAGUUCAAAGAUGAUGUGUAUGUACCUUAUGCUCAUUGGCUUGCAGAAAAUGAUAGAUUUGAUGAAGCCCAAGAAGCUUUUCACAAAGCUGGCCGUCGAACAGAUGCUGUUAAGGUACUUGAACAACUCACAUUAAAUGCUGUUAUUGAGAAUAGGUUUAACGAUGCUGGUUAUUACUUCUGGCAACUUUCAAUGCAAUGCUUAGAUAUUGCAGGAAAAAAAGAAUCAGGUGAAUUAAAAGAGGUUGAGGACAGCAUUCUUGAUAAGUUUGUUGAAUACCAAACAAAGGCUGAAGUAUAUUAUGUAUACCAUAUUAUUCAAAGAUUUAUGGAAGAACCAUUUACAUCAAAAUCAUCAGAAGCAAUAUUUAAUAUGGCACGCUUUUUAAUUCAUAUGUUGCUUAAAGAUACUCCACAUGGUGUUUCAAAAGUUCACGCACUAUUUGCUAUUGCAAAACAAGGUAAACUUUUAGGUGCUUACAAGCUAGCACGCUAUGCAUAUGAUAAAUUACAGUCCUUGCGAGUACCAGAACGUUUUCAGGAGAGUGUUUAUCUUGGCUCUAUAGCAAUACGAUCUAAACCUUUUCAAGACAAUCCAGAUCUAAUGUCACUAUGUUAUCGAUGCUCAGCAACUAAUCCACUAUUAAACAACAAGGGAAACCAAUGCAUCAACUGUUUUCAACCUUUUAUUCACUCCUUUAGCAGCUUUGAGAUUCUUCCUUUGGUUGAGUUUGUGAUUGAAGAAGACAUAAGUGAUGAAGAGGCUAUAAAACUUAUCUCUAUGGAUAAAUUAAAAAUUAAGAAGCAACGUAAACAACGGAAACAAGAGUCAAUAAAUUCAAAGUUUCAAUCACUGCGUCUAGACGAUAAUCAAGAUUCUGAAGAUGAUGAAGACGACGGUGAUGAUCCAUUCGCUACAAAACUAAUGUCUUUUGAACAGGGUGGCGGAGAUUUUUUUCCUGUGUGUGUUGGACGUGCUGUUCUUAAGAAAUUGCAGCGAACAGAAGUUUUUGUUCGAAAGUGGGCGCGUCCUUUGAAAUAUCAAUACUUCCGAAAUAUACUUCCAGAUAUCAGAAUAACCAUGUGUAAAUCUUGUUACAAGUUUUUUCAUUCGGAAGACUUUGAGCUGUUAAUGUUACAGAAUGGUCAUUGUGCAUUCUGUCGAGCCAAACAAGAUGUUGCCUAAUAUGAAGUAUUUCAGUGGUUUGUCAUUUUUCUUGAUCACUCUGAGCUUUUUGACAAAAUUUAAGCAUCGUUAAGAUUUUUACGACAAAAAUUAAAUACCAACCAACAGUGUCACCAGUAAAUACUUGUUGAAUUGCUGUCAAGUGUCAAGGUUUUUAAACCAAUGCUUUUCGAUAAAUUAAAAAAAAAACUAAUUUAUUUCCCUAUAUUAUAAACAUUGUAUAUAAAAUACAUUAUAUAUAUAUAUAUAUAUUACGCAAUAUAUUAAGUAUUUAGUGUAUGUUUUCAUCAUAGUCAAUAGAAAUCCGUAUUUGCUACUCUUUGCUUA